AUGCCUUUUAGACCUGACUGCCUGACUUUUUUUUUCAAGGAAUUAUGGUGCAGAUCCCAAGAUGAUAAUUGUUUGUUGUUAAACUCCAUUCUUCAAGUUUGUGAAAGGACGUCAUUUGUGAGCUCCCUGACUCCUCCAACGACCGUGAUCCUCCUGGAAGACGAGAGGUUUCGUUAUAUUAUCCCGAGAGGGGCUAAGCCAGCGGCGCCCCCUGCCGGCACGACCAGUCCCUACAAGGUCAUUGAAUUCCGUCCCUUUUGUUUUUAUUCGACGCCGGGUGGAACGAGUUCCCUAUUUAUAGUAUUUCCUGUGCGUACCUCACGUUCCCGGUUCGCAUUCCCGGCAUACCUCCCUUAUCCUGAUCUCCGCUCCCCACCGUCUCCCGUCCCUCGCGGAAUUCAGCUCUCUACUAUACUCUCCUCUUAA